AUGGAUAAACGUGAAGAGAUAAAACGCUCCGUGGAGAAGUUGUUUUUAGGCGCAGCCGAAAAAGGGGACAAAAAAGCAAUAAAGUAUGCUUUAGAGAACGUCGUGGGAUUGGACUUCAACUGCGUGGACCCGAACGGCAGGACAGCGUUGAUAAUAGCGGUGGAAAACGCGAGUACAGUAUAUACUGAAUGUAUGAACGCCUUGCACACACGGAGAACUAUAGUAAUCAAGUUACAAAAUCUAUCUAGGUUGGGAGACGCAUUGCUGCGAGCUGUAGACAAACAGAUAGUGUCGACAGUGGAGGUAAUUUGUGAACAUAUCAAGAAAUCCAAUCAACUGGAAAAUCUUUACUGCCGUUCUUUAAAUGGGGACUUUCACCCUGAUCUUACGCCACUUGUGUUAGCAGCGCACCACAACAACCAUGACAUCAUCAAACUUCUCCUGGACUAUGGUGCUAAAAUUGAAGACCCAGAGUCAUUCAGCUUCACAUCCGCCAAAUUUACGCUCCAGCAUUCACAGGCAACUCUUAACAUCUAUAGGGCCCUGGCUAGUCAAGCUUAUAUGUCACUGACUUGUAGCGAUCCCAUCACAGAUGCGUUUAAACUGAGCUCCAAGCUGAGGGAGCUGAGUGAGAGAGACUACGAGUUCCGAACUCUGUAUUUAGAGUUGACCACUCAGUGUGACGAGUAUGCAGCGGAUUUACUGGGAUGCAUACGUGAUACUAAAGAACAGGUGUUAGUACUGAGUCACGAUGCGGAAAAGGUUUCAGCUGGAAGGCGAAAUAGUCUGGAACUCCCCGUUGUGGAACAGGCUGUUAAGCAUAAACAAAAACGGUUUAUAGCCCAUCCUCACUGCCAACAACUGUUAAUACAGCGAUGGUACCACGGCCUGCACCAGUGGAGGAAACACAGUCUAUUCAAGGCUAUGAUGUACACAUUAUACUUCGCUAUCAGCUAUCCAAUGUAUUCCAUAUGUUAUAUUGUGGCACCGGAUUCGAAAUCAACAAAGUUACUGCGGUCUCCGUAUGUUAAAUUUUCUAUGCAAACAGCUUCCUCUAUGGCAUUCCUGAUACUAUUAAGUCUCCAAACAUUAACUAUAAAUAUAAAACCGUCGAGUCCAGAGGAACUUUUACAUAUAGCACAGUACGGAGACAAAAAAGGCCCAUUCUCUGUGACAGAAUGGUUGAUUAUAAUAUUUAUAAUAGGCAUGACGUGGGAAGAGUGGAUAUGUGCAUUUACGAAGGGAUUGUCGGCAUUCCGAGACGACAUCAAAUCCAAGAUGUUUGAUUAUACGACGUUUAUUCUAUACUGGACGUGGGUUGUGGCUCGUAUAAUUCUCUUCUCUCAGUUACAUCUAAGAUCGAAUGUGUCCACGCCUACUUCAGUCAAUGGAGCGUUGUUCAAUAUGUCCAGCAUGGACUUUGAAUUUAUCGACGAUGAAGAUUAUGGUGGUAUCAGCGGUGACGAAGUUCAGGUCACUAUUUCUACGGACAUUCCUACGACCCAACCACCAAACAUUGAACAGUACUCGCUACCCUUUUCUGCCGUUUUUGCGCAUGGCAUGUUCGGCAUUGCCAAAGCUUUGAGUUUUCUUCGUCUCAUACGUAUUACUGUUGUUAGUUUACAAGUAGGACCUAUGCAGAUAUCGCUGGGUAGAAUGCUGCUGGACACCACCAAGUUCAUGAUGAUAUUUUGUUUAGUAUGGAUGGCGUUUGCAUUUGGACUAAACCAGCUUUACUGGUUUCAUGCAAAUGAAUCUGAACUAGAGUGCUUGAUGGUUGGGGCGGAGAGCUGUAAACAUCCGUUUGCAACGAUAUCCGGAACACUGAACUCUUUGUUCUGGGCUUUAUUCGGAGUGAACAAUCUAGAUAGUUUGACAGUAGAAGGCGAUACAGACUGGGUAAUAGAAGUUGUCGGCUACAUCCUGUAUGGCGCCUACCACCUGAUCGCCAUAAUUGUCCUACUGAAUAUUCUGAUUGCCAUGAUGAGUAAUACAUACACUCGAAUCGAUGAAGAUGCAGACAUGCAGUGGAAGUAUUCCCGAUCACAACUGUGGAUCACUUAUUUCGGAGAUGAGAACACCAUACACGCACCGUUCAACAUCAUUCCAACUUCAAGUACACUAAUGAAAUUUAUUCGACGAUUUAGUCGGAAGAUGAAUAAAGACUUCGAAGCCAAAAAAGCUAUGAUGCUGUCAGUAAAGGGGGAAGAAGAGACUGCAUACCGGGAAGUCGUCAAACGUCUAGUGCAGCGAUAUCAUUUUCGCAAGAUGAGAGGAGAAGACGAAGAAGAAGGUGGUGGUGGUAAAACAGGGCCCGACCCAUGGAUGAUGGCACUGAAAGAGGACAUUUCAGGCUUCAAGUAUGAAAUGUUCGAAGCCAUUGGCGAUAUGGACGUUAAAAUAGACCAAUUGCGAGCCAAGAUCGAGGAGGAUGACCCUUCCGCGACGGAUGAUGAGAAACGCGACUGUAGUACAACCAAGGAUGACGAUAUGGCAUCUCCCAUCACGACGACGGAAGCCCAAGAGGACAUCGACGUCGCCGCAGAGAUUCUUCGUGCUGCGGGAAUUGAUGGAGAUAUAGCAGAACUGGAUGACGAUGAAUUUAUUGACAUUGAUGACCUCACCGAUUAG